AUGGGCUCUGUGUUGCCCGGCUCCUCGCUGGGCCUGAAGUCGGGCUUCAAGCCGCACCAGCCGCUCUCCCUGGCGGACAUCAUCACCUCGGACAUCCUGCACAGCUUCCUGUACGGCCGCUGGAGGCACGUACUAGGCGAGCAGCACCACCACCUCCCGCACCAGCAUCACCUGCAGCACGAGGACCGCACCACCCCGAGCGCGAGCCCCAAGACCGCGUUCACCGCGGAGGUGCUCGCUCAGUCCUUCUCCGGAGAGGUCCAGAAGUUGUCCAGUCUGGUUUUACCCAGUGAGGUGAUCAUCGCUCAGAGUUCAGUCCCAGGAGAAGGUUUGGGUAUUUUCUCUAAAACAUGGAUUAAAGCUGGAACAGAGAUGGGACCUUUCACCGGACGCCUCAUCUCACCUGAACACAUCGACCUUUACAAGAACAACAACCUCAUGUGGGAGGUGUUUAACGAGGACGGGACGGUCAGGUAUUUCAUCGAUGCGAGUCAGGAGGACCAGAGGAGCUGGAUGACUUACAUUAAGUGUGCGAGGAACGAGCAGGAGCAGAACCUGGAGGUGGUUCAGAUUGGCAGCAGCAUCUUCUACAAGGCUGUAGAGACAAUCCCUCCGGAUCAGGAGCUGCUGGUCUGGUACGGAAACUCCCACAACACCUUCUUGGGAAUCCCUGGAAUUCCUGGAGGAGACGAAGAACAGAGCAAGAAGACCAAAACCGAUGAGUUCCACACCUGUGAAGGUUCCUCCUCCUCCUCCUCUUCUUCUUCCUCCUCUUCCUCCUCCUCCUCCUCCUCCAGUCUGGGCCGCAUGCGUUGCGUCAUCUGCCACCGAGGCUUCAACUCCCGCAGCAACCUGCGCUCCCACAUGCGCAUCCACACGCUGGACAAACCGUUUGUCUGCCGCUUCUGCAACCGCCGGUUCAGCCAGUCAUCCACGCUGAGAAACCAUGUCCGGCUGCACACCGGUGAACGCCCGUACAAGUGCCACGUCUGCCAGUCGGCGUACUCGCAGCUGGCCGGCCUGAGGGCGCACCAGAAGAGUGCCAGGCACCGGCCCACAGGAGACGCCGGCGCUGCGGUAGGAAGCGUGGUGCUGCACGCUGCUCACGCAACUCACCCACCGCAGCUGACCACCAUUCCUCAUCCAGCAUCACUGGUUCACCAUGUACCCACCAUGGUGCUGUGAUAGGGGGUAGACAGACAGACAGGCAGACAGACAGACAGACGCAGCAAAUUACAGACAGAUGAACAGAAACAUCUUUUAACUUAACUUAAAAUAUUUGGACAAAAUAAGACAGAAAGGUGUAUCACCAUCAUUGAAGAACAUGACUGUCAGUUACCCAGGUAGCCAGAUGAAUCGGUCCAGCUGCGGCUCAUUUGGCUGUGUUCUGGUAGCCCAAUUCUGACAAUCAGUCAGUGGCUCUCACUCCAGCGUUUGGCCAGAGUCAGAACAUGACAUUUUUGGCAAAUCAUUCAUCUUCAUGAGUCCAAGGCAAGACCAGUCGUUUUCAGAUAAUAUUGUUAUGCUAGAAACACAAUACAUAGUAUUGACCUUUUUUUCCAUCAAAAAUGUGUUGAUGCUUUGUAUCAACACGCCAGAAAUCACCUCAAAUGAGGAUAUGCUAUGUGAUACAUAACGUGAUACUGAAUUCUGGCCGGCAGAUGUUGCCAAACACUUAAAAUCAAUUUUCAGCAUAUUGAUUCUAAUGGGGUUUGGUGCUUCAGAGAGUUUUGUUUCCUUAUCAGUGGCACCAGUGUUGGGAAAGUUCACUUUCUACAUGAACUAGUUCAAAGUUCAGUUCACAAAUUUUAAAAUGAACUAGCUAGUUCAGUUAAUAGUUCAUACUUCAAAAUUUUGAACUAUAAGUUCACGGUUCCAAUAAUGAACUAGUUCACAGUUCUUUUUUUCCAUAUGUUGCUGCGAGCUAUUAUUUUUCUAAAUUAUUGCCACAGCCCAUA